CUCACACUGCUCGAAGGACUCAAGACCUUCGCAUAUGAUCGUGUACAUCAGCGGCGGGAAAGGCUUUCGAUCGCUCUUUCACCUUGUAUACCUGACCUGCCCUGAUCUUUGAGCUCCCUCGAGCCUUCGCGCGCGGGCGUCGUCUUCCUUCACAUCAGCUCCGAAAGGCGCUCCUUUACCUCGUGGGCAUUGUCGGAAGGCGCACGCCAAGACUUGAGUGCAAAAGUUUGGGGCUAAGCCAGAAGACGAGAUUUUCGCAAGGGUUGCUGCGCGCGGAAAGACUAUCAAGCUAUUCGCAAAAGGCGUCUUGGACGGACACUCAAAGGCCCUGCUUUCAGCAGUCGGGUCACUCGAGAGGCUAUAUACACCGGUGCUUCUCAGUACCUCGAACCUAUCUGUGCGCUAUGGCAGCUCCACCACCCGGACCUCCGCCUGGUCCACCACCCGGCCCACCUCCUUCCAUCCCCGCCGCCGCCGCCGCCGCCGCCUCUGCCACGUCCACCUCUUCAUCUUUCAAUCCCUACCUUGCCCAUCAUGCCAACUCCAACGCUAGCAGCAGCAGCAGCACGAUCAACGACACCACCGCCAAUCCCCUCUCGGGCUUCAUCCCUCGCAAAGUGGCGGGUGCGCAAGCGCGCUCUGUAUUGGAGGGAAAUAUCAACCCCUUCUCCUCUACCGGUCUGAAACCCUUUUCUGCAAGGUACAAGAGCAUCUUGGAAAAGAGAAAAGCUUUGCCCGUCUACUCGCAGAUGGAUGAGUUUUUCGAAAAGUUUCAGGAGAAGCAAAUCAUGGUGAUGAUUGGAGAGACGGGAAGUGGAAAGACUACACAGAUCCCGCAAUUUGUGGCCUACUCGGACUUGCCGCACAUGCGCAAGUCGGUGGGAUCGGAUGGCGUGCAGGCUCCGCUGAUGAUAGCCUGCACGCAGCCUCGGCGUGUAGCAGCCAUGUCUGUGGCCAAGCGCGUGGCGGAAGAGAUGGACCUCACGCUAUCCAAAGAAGUAGGCUACACCAUCCGCUUCGAAGAUGCGACGGAGCGACGCACCACUUUCCUCAAGUACAUGACCGACGGAAUGUUGCUGCGUGAAGCGAUGAACGAUCACACGCUCUCGCGCUACAGCUGCAUCAUUCUCGACGAAGCGCACGAAAGAACUCUAGCUACGGACAUCCUUAUGGGUCUGCUCAAGGAUGUGGCUAAACGAAGAGAAGAUCUCAAAAUCAUCGUGAUGAGCGCUACGUUGGACGCCUUGAAGUUUCAAAAGUAUUUCAACGAUGCGCCUCUCUUGAGGGUUCCUGGACGAACUUUCCCAGUAGAGACGUACUACACGCCCGAGCCUGAACCAGACUACCUCGAAGCUGCUAUACGCACAGUGCUGCAGAUUCAUCAAGCAGAGGAUGAGGGCGAUAUACUCGUCUUUCUCACGGGUGAAGAAGAGAUUGAAGAUGCCUGCAGAAAGAUCAAGGCGGAAGCGGACGAAUUGUCAGCCACUCAACCGGACCUUUGCGGACCACUGAAAGUGGUGCCGUUAUACUCUUCACUGCCACCGGCAGCUCAGCAAAAGAUCUUUGAGCCGGCUCCGGAAAGGUUGAAAGCGGAUGGACCACCAGGUCGCAAAGUGGUGAUCAGCACCAACAUUGCAGAAACAUCGCUAACGAUCGAUGGCAUCGUGUACGUGGUCGAUCCUGGCUUCUCGAAGCAAAAAGUGUACAAUCCCAGGAUCCGUGUGGAAUCUCUGCUGGUUUCGCCCAUCUCCAAAGCUUCGGCGCAGCAGCGCAUGGGAAGAGCGGGAAGAACGCGUCCCGGGAAAUGCUUUAGAUUGUACACCGAAAAGGAUUUCGUUGGAGAACUCAUCGAGCAGACUUAUCCGGAGAUUUUGAGGAGCAACCUAGCUAAUACCGUGCUGGAACUCAAGAAACUCGGCAUUGAUAAUUUGGUCACCUUUGAUUAUAUGGACCCUCCUGCACCCGAGACCAUCAUGCGAGCUCUCGAGCUUUUGAAUUACCUAGCAGCGUUCGACGACGAAGGCAACCUGACACCUCUGGGCGAGAUUAUGGCCGAAUUUCCACUGGAUCCUCAAUUAGCCAAGAUGCUCAUCGUCUCGCCAGAGUUCAAGUGCUCCAACGAAAUCUUGACCGUUGCGGCCAUGCUGAGCGUGCCCAAUGUGUUUGUGAGACCCAACAAUCAAAAGGCUCAGGCGGAUGCGGCUAGGAACGUCUUUGCGCACCCUGAGGGUGAUCAUUUGACCCUGCUCAAUGUGUAUCAUGCGUACAAGAGCAAUUGCCCAGACCCAAGCACCGCUUCGAAUUGGUGCUGGCAAAAUUACCUCUCGUACAGAACCUUGCAACAGGCGGAUAAUGUCAGGUCGCAAUUGAGCAGGACGAUGGAGAGGUUCGAUUUGGACCUCGUGUCUACUCCUUUUGAGAGCAAGAAGUACUACACGCAGAUCAGACAGGCCAUCACUUGCGGGUUCUUUAUGCAAGUAGCACACAAGGAGGCGGCGGGAUCCAAGGGAAGCUAUGCGACGAUGGACGGACAAGUCGUUGCUCCUCAUCCUAGCACCACCAUAGAGACCAUGCCCCAAUUCUUGAUCUACCACGAAUUCGUCUUGACCACGAGAAAUUUCAUCCGCACAAUCACAGAAACGCGCCCCGAAUGGCUGCUCGAAUUUGCGCCGACUUACUACAGCCCGGACAAUUUGCCGGAUGGGGAAGUCAAGAGGGUCAUGCAGCGCCUCCUUGCGGGCAAUGGAUCGGGAUCCGCGUCUAGAGAGAAAGAUGGAAAAUCUAGACCUAGCAAAAAGGUCAAGAGAUAGGAGAGCAAGAAGGGGGAGAGGGACGCGCCAUCAGGGGAACAUUGACGAAGGAAAAAGCUCUUUGGAAUGAAGAUGCGUUGGCACAC